AAACAAUCUGAUAAGGCCAACUGAAAUGAUUAUGUUUUACUUUUUUUUACACUCCCUCCCCGACUUUAGUAUUAUACUUUUUAUUUAUAUAUAUAUAUUUUUUACAUGUCAACCUCUUCUUCAUAUCGCUUUACUAGUUUAUUAUUUUCAUUUCUCUCUCUCUCUCUCUCUUUUUUUUUUUUUUAUUAUUAUUAUUCUUGUUGAUAUCAUUUCCACUAAUUUGUCCACCCCCACUCUUUACUGUUAGCUUUUAUCCGUUUCAUUUAUA